AUGAAUAGCGAUCUGCUAUGGGUCAAUAAAGACAGCACAUCCGCACAUCUGUCGCGAAGUUCGAAAGCCGAGACAGCACGCAUUAGAGCCCAUGUCCAGCAUUUGUCCAUUCAGCAGAGGCAGAGAAGAAAAUCGGCGCCACCUCCUCGAACCAUUCGAAGGAAUGGCAAGGUUGCUGCUAGUGAUCAAUCCGCGCCUUCGAAAUUCGGUAUGGGCGAGCUGAAAGACAGUGAAUUCGAGUCUGAAGAUCAGCAGCUCAGUCGUAUGGCAGACGACAGAACGCAGGACGUUCGCAUUCUUUCCUCAGCAUUGACGUGGUUGCCUGGAGGCACACCCGAGGAGAGACGUAGUUUUCUGUUCUUUCUCAAACGCACAGCCCAAGAAUGGUCUGGUUAUCGUGAUGUGUCGUUUUGGAACGUUCUCGUGCCACAGGCAUCUGCGGCUCAUCAAUCCAUUUUCCACAGCGUGACUGCGCUCGGAGCUUUGCACGAGUCGCUCGAGACCAAUGAGGAUGCGGACAAGGAGAACCAGCUGCAACAACUGCUGUGGCAACAAUGCUCGAAGGCCGCUAUUGCUGCGAACCAGGGACAAAUAUCUCACACUGUGGCGCUGAUGUCUUGUAUCAUUAUGGUCUGCCUGCAAAAUCUACAAAGCAAUCCUGUUGCCUUUCAGAUGCUACGAACAAGCGCUAACCUGAUCAACGACCUCGAACAGCAAAUUGCUGAUGGCACACUAACGCUGACGUCGAGUGAGACAACUCUACUGCAGGACUACCUCAAGCCUAUUGUGGAAAGACUAGGCACAAGAUACUGUUUUCUUGUGGACUUACCGUCUGCAUUUGCUCUACACGUUGACGCUAAACAGGCUGAAAACAUACCUCGGACUGAAGUGCCGAAUCUACCUUCGAAGUUUACUACCCUGCUAGAGGCUCGAAACAGUCUGGAUAUGAUUGCUGCCUGGUCAGUAGUCAAUACUACCAGUAUCGAUGAGGUAACUGGAAUUUAUUGUGACAAGAAAGAUCUGGUUGAGUCACUCCUCACUCAAUGGCACGACCUCCUUGAGACGGUUCCGUCCGAAGCUUACAAGGAACAUCCAAACCUCGGUGUUUCAAAAAUGUUACUUAAAGCAGCAGGACUGGUCACAAAGAUUCUUUUCGACACUCUGGGUUCGGUGCAAGAAUGUAUCUACGACAAGCACAUACACAAGUUCAAAGAGAUAGUGCGUAUAUACGAGCAUGUGAGUAAGACAUUCACUCUCAAGCGUCGUCAAAAAGUCUCAUUCGGCAUUGAUACUGGUAUCAUUCACACCUUGGCCUUUGUGGUAGGAAGGUGUAGAGAUCCGCAAACCAGGCGUGAAGCCUUGAGCCUGCUCAGACGAGAUGACCACGUCGAAGGCGACAUGAGGGCAAGUACUGGUAGCAGUGUACUGCAAAGUCUAAUCGAGCUGGAAGAAGAAGGAAGAAUAGUCACAAGACAAGAAGACGUGCCCGAAGAAGCAAGAGUCCGAAUAUGGGAAGACCAGCAAUUCUGGCACAGCGGACUGGUGAAAAUAUACUUUAUUCGCAGCCCUUACGACCCACACAGAGGCGGAAAGUUUCAAGAAGUCUGGGCAAGAAUGCCUGUCAGAAUAUCGGAAGAACCAGAUCGCCCAUUGAGUCCAACCCAGCAGAAGGCUGCAGGACUUGAAUUGCCCAAUGUUGUCUUCGCUCGAGGCAUGGCGGCUUUUCUAGACGAAAACACUGGCGAUUAUCAUAGGAUUACACUCUCUUCGUUCUUCUUGCCAAUGCCCAGGAUGUGA